AUGAGUGAUUAUUCUGAAUACUUUGAGGAAGUGAGGGAUGUAACUUCAAAACCACUUAUUAUGAGCAAUAACAAUGCAAGUUUUUGCUUUUUUGGGCGUUUCAGCAUACCUACUUAUGCUCACCAUAUGUCUGGAAUGUUAUUUGUUGAAUAUGAUACAAACUAUGAUGAUCAUCGAGCUAAAACAGCAGUAAAGCACGAAUACUCUCUUGAUACAGGGUUAACUCAAAAAAUAUCAUAUCAUAACAUGAGAAUUCGUGAUAGUAAUUCUAGGCAAUGUAUUGGAAAACCAGUGGCAAUUGACUGCAAGAACUAUAUUGUGAUUAUUGAUAAAGGAAGCUAUUUUGAGGUUAAGCCUUUGAAGGGUAUGCUUAUCUUUCACCCUGAUGUCAGGAGCAAGCAUGACUCAAAUUCAGAUAUUGCUGAGAUAAUAAAACGAGAUUAUAUAGUGAGAGAUGCAGCAAUGACAGCAAAGAUACAUGAAUCUAAAUUGCAGACUAAAGUAGAAGUAGAUGUAGAAGAAGCAGAUGACUAUGAAGAAAGACUGAGUAUGCGUACCUCUAGACCUAAAAAAUCCAAUUUAAAACCAAAUACAAUAUCAAGGCGUAUUGAAGAUAGAUUAGAUGAUAUAUAUGAUCAAGAUUUCGGACUCAAAGAACAGGAAAAGAAAAGAAGAUUGGCUGCAUUAGCUUCUAAGAGUGAAAAGAAAGUAGACGAUCUUAGAGUUAUAGAAUCUGCACUUUCACUAACUACACUUAAGAAAUCUAAUAUAAACUGGGAUUAUGAUGGAGAUGGCCAAAUGAGUGAUGAUGAUGAUGAAUAUAUUGAUGGGAAUGAAGCUAAUAUAGGCUCUAAUAGAGAAGAUAUGAAUAUUCCUGAUAAUGGAGGCAUAGACUCACUGAAUUCAGAAGAGGAGGAUGGACCUGAUGAGAUUUUAACAGAAUAUGGUCAAACAUUAAAGACAAUGAUUGCUAAUCAACAAGAUAUGGAAGCUGAUGAUGAACUUAAUGCGUAUUCCGAUGAGGUGGAAGAUGAUGCAGAAAGUAGAAGUAAUGUCAGUGGUACUGCCCCAAUUACAGCAGGAAUACCCACGAAUGUGAAAAUACUUACACAAGAUUCACAACAGAAGUUUACAACUAGGUCACCUACUGUAUCCUCUGUAAUAUCAUCGGCUACAUGUGGAAAUACAAGGAAUUUGGAGUCUGAAGUUAUCCGCAAACUAAGCUUAGCUGGCGGUAGAAUGCAAAUUAAAGCAUUUUUGGAUGCUAUGAAAGUUAAGAAGAAGAAUAAAUACUUCGAAGAUAUCCAAGAAGUAAUUAAGAAGGUAGCUGAUACACAUACAGAGUACCAUGGAAAUACGAAAAUGAGUUAUAUUACGCUUAGAAAUAACUACAGGCAGAGGUAG